UUCUCCAAAUCUUCCUCUUGUUAUCAUCAUCAGAUUGCCUUCUAAUCAAACGUCUAGAAAUCAACUUUGUUAACCAAAACAAGAAAACCCUACUUCUUUCCGCAGCAUAUAAAACCCCUUUUUUUUUUUCCACUUUCUUCAGCUUUAUAUAUAUUUAUAAUCUCAUCCAGUUGCUGGUUUGUAUGAGUUUACUUGUUGCUGUGGAUUUUCAACCAUCACCAACAUCCAUAGGUUUCUCGGAUGCUCUUCAUUCAACUUGUUCCAACAACCCAUUGCAAAAGAGCCUUGGCCUUGCUCUUGUUCUUCCCUGUAACUUUUUUGUUUUUAUUUUUGUGAAGAAAAUAAGGAUUUUGCCUUUGGAUAUUCUUGUUCUUGGCUUGGGUCCUUUUUUUUUUUGGUUGGAGAAAUGGGUAUUCAUCAUCAUCACCAUGGGAAGAAGCAAGCAAGAGAUGUGCCGAAAGGAUGUUUGGCUAUCAAGGUUGGAUCAAAAGGGGAGGAGCAACAGAGAUUUGUGGUGCCAGUCAUAUACUUCAAUCACCCUUUGUUCAUGCAGCUGUUGAAAGAAGCUGAAGAAGAGUACGGGUUCGAUCAGAAGGGCACGAUCACAAUCCCUUGUCAUGUAGAGGAGUUUAGGAAUGUCCGUGGAUUAAUUGAUAAGGAAAAGUCCCUUCAUCAUCACCAUCAUGUCGGAUGUUUUAGGGUUUGAAUUCUUAUUAACUGAUCAAAAGAACAGAAAAAAAAAUGAUUUAUGGUUGAACACGCAUUAGCUGAGUUGGUACAUAUAAUUAAGUUGCCGUUUAGUAGACUUAAAGUUUUUUACGACUUUUUUUCUCACUCUCAUGCUGCAACUUCUUAUGUAAAAAAAUAUUUAUGGCUCUGUAAAUGCUAAAUGAAGGCAGCCAAAACCAUUAUGAAAUAGAUUUGAUUGUCAAUUACAAGUGUACUCUUUUCCUCGAUUUUGUAAAUUUGGGAGAUUUUUUUUUCUUGCUUUUUCCUGUUUCUUGGUAGACUGGUUCGUUGAUGAAAAUGAUGACAAACGACGAUGCGAUAAUGACGACAAAUGUGGCUUGCAAUGGCAGUGACUUCUGUUAUUUUGUUACGAGCCGUAAUGAAAAAGAAAAAGUAAAUGCCAUUUUCCUUUUCUCUUGUCAAUCUUUUAUCUCUUUGUUCUUUUUUCUUUUCCUUUUAAAUGCUUGGAAGAAUUGAACGGCGUUUGGCAUCAUCAGAAUAGACAAGGACUCUUGGAAGGGUCAUUGCUGUUGCUUUAAGUUUUGAUAUAUAUUGGGCACGAUGACUGUUGAAAUCACUAUCAGCAAUUAUGGGAUAUGAUUACUUACUAAAUAUUUUACAUUUAGUUGGUGAAUCUUGAAUAUUUAGAUUCUUUCUUUUAUUUUUGUUUGGGUACAAAGGGAUCGUUGUU